AUGCGCGAGGUCCUCUCUCUUAUCGGCCAAGCCGGAGUUCAGCUUGGGAAUUCUUGCUGUUCGCCUUCUGCCAACGACAAUGGCUUCUCCACUUUCUUCUCCGAGACAGGCGCUGGAAAACACGUCCCACGUUCUCUUUACAUCGAUCUUGAGCCUAGUGUAAUUGAUACUGUUAGGACUGGAAAGUAUCGUACCUUGUUCCAUCCGGAGACACUUAUUUCUGGCCGUGAGGAUGCGGCUAAUAAUUAUGCUCGUGGUCAUUACACCAUUGGAAAGGAACUGAUGGAUCCUAUCAUGGAUAAAAUUUCACGCCUUGCUGAAAAUGCCCCUGGUUUACAGGGGUUCUUUAUUUUUCACUCUUUCGGUGGCGGAACGGGAAGCGGAUUGGGAGCACUGCUACUGGAGCGCCUGUCCCAUGAAUAUGGAAAGAAGGCCCGACUUGAGUUUGCUGUCUACCCUGCACCCAAGACGUCCAAUUCCGUCGUUGAGCCCUACAACACCGUCCUGACUACGCAUACUACGCUUGAAAAUGUCGACUGCUCGUUUAUGGUGGAUAACGAAGCCAUCUAUGACAUUUGCAAGAAACGUCUCGGGAUCGCUUCUCCAAGCUUCACGAACCUUAACCGCAUCAUCGCUCAAGUUGUCUCUAGCGUCACAGCUUCUCUUCGGUUUGACGGCAGCCUCAAUGUUGACCUCAACGAGUUCCAGACCAAUCUUGUGCCACCCCCUAGAUUCCCUCGCAUUCAUUUCCCUCUUGCUACAUACGCACCUAUUAUUUCUGCAGAAAAGGCCACACACGAGCAAAACUCAGUGCUAGAGAUGACGCUUUCGUGCUUUGAGUAUGGCAAUCAGAUGGUUAAGUGCGACCCCCGUGGGGGAAAAUACAUGUCCUGCUGUCUUUUAUACCGUGGCGAUGUGACUCCUAAAGAAGUCAACGAGACCGUUAAAGUCGUCAAGAGUAAACGCACUGUCCAAUUUGUUGAUUGGUGUCCAACUGGAUUCAAGCUUGGGAUUUGCAACGAACCCCCCGCUCUUAUCCCCGAAGGCGAUCUUGCCCGAACAUCCCGCAGCCUCUGCAUGCUUUCUAAUACUACCGCUAUUGUCGAGGCAUGGCAAGGGAUUGACCGCAAAUUUGAUCUCUUGUACUCAAAACGCGCCUUCGUGCAUUGGUACGUGGGUGAAGGUAUGGAAGAGGGCGAGUUCUCUGAGGCCCGCGAGGAUCUCGCCUCACUGGAAAAGGACUAUGAAGAAGUUGGCGCGGACGCGGCGGACGACCAGCCUUCAGAUUUUGUCUUAGUAGCUUUCAUCACUUGCUGCACUAUCGCGAUGCGUGAAGUUAUCUCCCUCCACGUCGGACAAGCCGGCGUUCAAAUCGGAAACGCGUGUUGGGAGCUUUACACCAUCGAACACGGUCUGAAUCCCGAUGGACGCCUGAAAGAGGACUCUCCUUCCCAUUCUGAUAGUGGCUUCUCCACAUUCUUCUCUGAGACAGGUGCUGGGAAGCAUGUUCCCAGGGCUUUGUACAUCGAUCUUGAGCCGAAUGUCAUCGAUGAGGUCAGGACGGGGAUCUAUCGUAGUCUCUUCCAUCCGGAGACCCUGGUCAAUGGAAAAGAGGAUGCUGCGAAUAACUACGCUCGUGGUCACUACACUGUCGGAAAGGAACUGAUUGAUAGUGUUAUGGACAAGGCUCGAAAGCUUGCAGACAAUUGCAACGGCCUUCAGGGCUUCUUCACCUUUCACUCGUUUGGAGGUGGAACUGGUUCGGGAUUCGGUGCCCUGAUCAUGGAACGUCUCUCGACUGACUACGGCAAGAAAUCCAAGCUUGAGUUUGCGGUUUAUCCCGCUCCAAAGAUGUCUAGCUCAGUAGUUGAGCCAUACAACAGCAUUCUAACCACCCAUACCACGCUGGAACACUCCGAUUGCUCAUUUAUGGUUGACAACGAGGCUAUUUAUGACAUUUGCAAGAAGAAUUUGGGCAUAUCUUCCCCGGGCUUCACAAAUUUGAAUCGAAUAAUUGCUCAAGUCGUCUCCAGCAUCACCGCCUCCCUUCGUUUCGAUGGAAGUCUUAAUGUAGAUCUAAACGAAUUCCAAACUAACCUUGUGCCAUUCCCCCGUAUCCACUUCCCUCUCGCAACUUACGCACCCAUCAUUUCCGCCGAUAAGGCCUUCCAUGAGCAGAACUCUGUAGCCGAGAUGACUUUCUCUUGCUUCGAGUCGGGCAACCAAAUGGUUAAAUGCGACACCAGGGAUGGCAAAUACAUGGCCUGCUGUCUCUUGUUUCGUGGUGAUGUGGUUCCCAAGGAAGUCCAGGGCGCAGUCAGUACUAUCAAGACUAAGCGUUCUAUCCAGUUCGUCGACUGGUGUCCUACUGGCUUCAAGCUUGGUAUCUGCAAUGAGCCUCCUGCUUUCGUUCCCGGUGGCGAUGUUGCAAAGGUUUCUCGUAGCCUUUGCAUGCUGUCCAAUACUACUGCUAUUGCAUCUGCCUGGAGCCGUUUGGACCACAAGUUUGAUCUUCUAUACUCAAAGCGUGCUUUCGUGCACUGGUAUGUCGGAGAAGGUAUGGAGGAGGGCGAGUUUUCUGAAGCUCGUGAAGAUCUCGCCGCUCUGGAGAAGGAUUAUGAGGAGGCAAGCUUAUGUCACCCUGUCAAUCCCCAGCCAUUACUGACUUUGCACCUGCAUUCAGUGAGCAUGAGCUUGCUGGAGAUUCAAUGUACUCUUUUACUGGAGUUGUGUGUGGCAACGGUCGAUGUCCAACGGGCUAGACAGGGGAAGCUGGCGCUGCAAUCCGCAGCGACGUCUGUACCUCAUAGCUGGUCAGGCAAGCCUUGGAAGUAA